CAAUUUUCUAUAUAGAAUAUCCUUAACUCUUUAAAGAAAAGUUCUGUAGAAAUUCACUUUUUUAUAAAAUACAAAUAUUGCUUUAUAGUUUUUACAUUUACUUUUAUAAUCUAUUUUCUUGAAAUACAACAUUAUGAACACAGAUAAUAAUCCAUUUGAUCCUACACCAAAAUUAAAAUCUAGUCCCGUACCCGUUUUAUUUAUUCCUUUUAAGGAAAAUGAGGAAAAAUGUAAUUAUUGUGGAAUUAAAUACUCCAAGACGCUUGAAUAUAACCAAAAAUAUUGCAAAAAUUGUUUAUUUUGGUAUAUUCAAUAUAUAACAGACAAUAACUCUUACUUGGACGCACAUAGUAUCAUAUGUAAAAAUAAUUCUCAAUGUAUUAAACAUAAAGCGACUAGAAAUAAUUCUUAUACAACAAACCUUCAAGAAUGGUGUGAAUAUUGUUCUGAGAUUUUAUACUUUACACAAGUAGUCACAAAAGAUUUACUAUCACAAAAUUGUUAUCACUUUAUUAAUGAUGCGUACUGCGAAGUUUGCAAUUACAAGAGGCGGUUAUUGGGUUGUCAGAUUUCUUCUGGAUGGGUCAAAUCAACUUUGGCUAAAAAGCCUAUUCCGAUUCUAUAUUUACCAUGGUGGGAUAGUCAUAACCAAUGUGUAGUUUGUUAUAUAGAACUAAGAUAUAUACACCAAGAGUCAAAAUCUUAUUGUCAAAAAUGGUGUCCACGUUGCUUUAUAAUUUAUACGGGAUGUAGGUAUUGUUUAACAACAAAUAUAAUUUUUGGAAUUGCAGAUCAAUCCCAAUGUAAGAAAUGCAAAAGAAUUUUAUUCGUUAGAAUUGAUAUUACAGAUAUUAGAAGUGGAAAUCACAUUAUAGAUGAAUUUCUUAUUUCUACAAAACCUAACAACUAUUAUACUCACCAAUUUAUUGUUGAUUACAUUAACAGUAACACAAGUUGCGAUCCAUUUAAUCUUUAUUUAUUUAUUAGUGGUCAUCUUUAUUCAAGACAACGUGAAGAAAUAAAGUGGGUUCCAUAUUCUCAGAUUAAGAAUUUAAAGAAAAUAGCAGAAGGAGGAUUUAGUAUUAUUUAUAAAGCAACUUGGUCAUAUAAAAACAUUGAUGUUGCUGUAAAAAAAUUACAUUAUUCGCAAAACGUCAGUAAAUACUUUUUAAAUGAGUUAAAUUCACUUUAUCAAUGUAAUAAUGGCAUUUUUAAAAAUUGGCUUAUUGGUUGUUAUGGUAUUACAAAAGAUCCUAUAACAAAAGAGUAUAUGUUAAUAUUGGAUUAUGCGGAAGGUGGAAAUUUACAUGAUUAUUUGCAGAAGAACUUUAUAAAUAUUACAUGGCACAAUAAAUUGUUUAUUUUAGAAGGAAUUACAAUGGGACUCCACAAUAUUCAUAAUCAUAAUUUUAUACAUCGAGAUAUUCAUAGUGGAAAUAUGUUAUUGUCAGAUGUUUGGAAAGUUGGAGACUUAGGAUUAUCACAACCUGCAAAUAAUACAUUGUCAAAUAAUGAAAUAUAUGGAGUAAUACCUUAUAUCGCACCAGAAAUAUUUAAGGGUGCCGCAUUUUCAAAAGAAUCUGAUAUAUAUAGUUUGGGCAUGAUUAUGUGGGAGCUUACAACAGGUUGUAAACCAUUUGCUAAUGUCGAACAUGAUCAUAAUCUCAUCUUUAAAAUUCUUGAUGGAGAACGACCUAAAAUUACAGAAGAUACUCCUGAAUGUUAUGCCGAUUUAAUGAAAAAAUGUUGGUAUUCUAAUCCUUCAAAAAGACCAACAAUUAACAAAAUCUAUGGUUUUACUGUCAGUUUGGAAAUUAUGAGUAGAACUACUGUAGAAAUUAAUCAGGCUGAAAACAAAAGAUUGGAAUUAAUACAAUCAAAGAAACUUGGACCCGAAUUUAGUGAAAAGUCUCAUCCAAAAGCAAUUUAUACAAGUAGAGCAUUAAGUGAUUUGAUUUCUAAAGCUUCAACUAUAAGUUCAAUGGUUUCAUCUAAUAUGAAACAAGGUAUAUUAUAGUAUAUUAUAAUUAAUGAAAAAAACUUGAAACAUUAAUUAGACGGCCGGAUGUAAGUAAUUCUUUAAAUUUAUAUUAGUUAACUU